AUGAACAGUGCAUUGACAAUUAGCCAAGAGAUUGCUCAUAAUAAUGGAAGAGUGCCAACAUAUUUCACUCAGGAGGAUAGCCACUCAUUGAGCGCUUUGCUGGAGGAGUGCGCAUUCAAGGCACAGGCCACAGAGGUCAAGCAGAUCCUGGCCAAGGAGUGUUUGAUCGAGGGCAGCCGCAUCGAUCCCGAGGUCGACUGGUUCUACUGCAAGUUGGGCAUUGACGCCAACUACUUUGAGUCGACGCCCGCCAUGGUCGUCGCCAAGCACAUCCUGUCGCUGUACGCCGCCAAGAUGGUGUCGCACGCCACCGGCUCCAAGCUCGAGGUGCAGCUGCAGUCCAAGACCGAGGGCUCCGCCACCUUCAUCACCCCCUCCAACCCAGGCAAGCGUGACUCACCCGCCAUGUCCAUCGAGCAGUUCAUCGAGUCCAACUACUUUGGCGAGGGCUACCACGCCGACGAGCGCCUCAACCAGGCCGCCCUCAAGCAGACCACCUCGCUGCCCCAGUCCGCCCACGGCUUCCGUCUGGCCUGCUACCGUACCACCGGCACCGUGUCCAACGCGUCGCCCAUCCAUCUGCGUCUCUACUACCUGACCAAGCCAGUGUUCACCACCGGCGACGCCGCCGUCGCUGAGACCGAGACCGACCUGACCAAGAUCGGAGACAUCAGCUUCCUGGCCCGCUCCAGCGACAACACCAAGAUGAUCUACCAGGAGGUCAUGAACGAGGUCGUCACCCGUCUCGGCCCAGUCAUCCGUCAUUACCCAUACCAGACCAACGGUGCCCGUCUGGUCAUCGCCUACCGUCGUGGCUCCACCCACUCCUACUGGUCCGCCGUCUCUGAGCUCUACCACUUCCACCAGAUGUACGCUACCCACAAGUACGUCGAGCAGUUCUCCAACGGAAUCGUCAUCUACUCUGUCUACCUUCGUCCACUCGUGCCCGAGGUUGACAUUAACACCCUCAUCGACAAGAUUGCUGAGCAGGCUUCACUCGUAUACGUUCUGCCACGUACAUCUUUGACUCCACUCUUCCAUUCACAUCAACUUUCAUUCCCAGAGGUGACAUACGCCUACGUCGGAUGGAAGUUUGCCUAUCAAUUCCUCAACAGAUACGCCACUGAGUACUCAUCGCUGGCCGCCGCCAUCGGAGACGACUCCUCCAAGCAGUCACUGCUCGCCCAGCUCAAGACUCGUCUGAGCAAGGACACCUUCACUGAGGGCCGUGUUCGCGACGCCCUGCUGCAGUACCCAGAGCUGGUCAAGCUGCUGUACAGCGACUUUGAGAAGUACCACUUUGGCGCCAAGAAGGCCGCCAAGUACGACGUCACCCACGGCCAGGAGAUCAUCGCUCACAUCAAGCGUGCCGUCAACAACGAGCUCGACAGCCAGAUCUUCACAGCCAUCCUGUCGUUCAACCGUCACUUGCUCAAGACCAACUUCUACAAGCAGACCAAGACCGCGCUGGUCUUCCGUCUGGAGCCCGGCUUCCUCUCCACCAAGGAGUACAUCUCGCGCCCAUUCGCCGUCUUCUUUGUCGUCGGUUCUGAGUUCCGUGGCUUCCACAUCCGUUUCCGUGACAUUGCUCGUGGAGGUAUCCGUAUCAUCCGCUCGCAGAACACCACCCAGUACGACCACAACUCCUCGUCCGUGUUUGACGAGAACUACAACUUGGCCUCCACCCAGCAGUCCAAGAACAAGGACAUCCCAGAGGGUGGCAGCAAGGGCACCAUCCUGCUGAGCGCCGACCAUCAGGGCAAGGCUGAGGUUGCCUUCCGCAAGUACAUCGACGGUCUUUUGGACCUUUUGCUGCCCAAUGAGGAGAUCGUUGAUCACUACGCUCAAGACGAGAUCCUCUUCCUCGGACCAGACGAGGGAACUGCUGACUUCAUGAACUGGGCCUCUGCCCACGCCAAGCAACGUGGUGCUCACUUCUGGAAGGCCUUCACCACCGGCAAGUCAUUGUCGCGCGGAGGUAUCCCACACGACCUCUACGGAAUGACCACCCGUUCGAUCCAUCAGUACGUCCUGGGCACACUCGAGAAGCUCGGAAUGGACGAGUCCAACGUCAGAAAGUUCCAGACUGGAGGUCCAGACGGAGAUCUGGGCUCCAAUGAGGUCAAGAUCUCAAAGGACAAGACCAUCGGAAUCGUCGACGGAAGUGGAGUGUUGUACGACGAGGCUGGAUUGGACCGCGAGGAGAUCAACCGUCUGGCCACCAAGCGUCAGAUGGGUCGCUACUUUGACAAGACCAAGCUCAGCGCAAAGGGCUUCUUUGUCGAUGUUGCCGACAACGACGUCACCUUGCCAAGUGGCGAGAUCGUCGAGAGCGGAUUGAUGUUCCGUAACAACUUCCAUCUGCACCCACUGGCCGCCGCCGACCUGUUCGUGCCAUGCGGUGGUCGUCCAGAGGCUGUCGGUCUGACCAACGUUGACAAGCUCUUCACUGCAUCGGGUGAGAGCCGCUUCCCAAUCAUCGUCGAGGGUGCCAACCUCUUCUUCACACAGAAGGCCCGUCUCAUGCUUGAGGAGAAGGGCGCCAUCAUCUUCAAGGAUGCCUCUGCCAACAAGGGAGGUGUGACCUCAUCAUCUCUCGAGGUGCUCUCUGCCCUCGCCCUCAAGGACGAGGAGUUUGACCAGCACAUGUGCGUGAAGGACGGCGUUGUGCCAGCCUUCUACGACGCAUACAUCAAGGACGUCCACCACAUCAUCGAGAGCAACGCCCGUCUGGAGUUUGAGUGCAUCUGGAACGAGCACGCCAAGACCAAGACACCACGUACCAUCCUCACCGACCUCAUCUCCAACAAGAUCAACUCGCUCACCGACUCGAUCCAGGAAUCAUCGCUCUGGGACAACGUCGACCUCAAGAGAAAGAUCAUCUCUGCCGCCUGUCCAAAGACCCUGCUGAAUCUCCUGGGAGUUGACCAGAUCAUUGCCCGUGUGCCAGUCUCCUACGUCAAGGCCAUCUUUGGAUCCUACCUGGCCUCUCGCUUCGUCUACGAGUGCGGUUUGUCCAGUCCAGAGUUUGCCUUCUUCACCUUCAUCACUCGUCACCUCGCCUAA